AUGGCCCCAAAGAAAUCUGCUGACAACUUCAACGCUAAAUUGGCCUUGGCCAUUAAGUCUGGUAAAUACCAACUCGGUUACAAGACCGCUGUCAAGUCUCUCAGACAAGGUAAGGCUAAGUUGAUCGUUUUGGCUGCCAACACCCCAACUUUGAGAAAGACCGAAAUUGAAUAUUACGCCAUGUUGUCCAAGACCCCAGUUACCUACUUCCAAGGUGGUAACAACGAAUUGGGUACCGCUUGUGGUAAAUUGUUCAGAGUUGGUGUUUUGGCCAUCACCGAUGCUGGUGACUCUGACAUCUUGACCACUGUCUAA